CCUCGUCGCUGCAGGUGCUCUACCUAAUUGCUCAAGAGAGAGAGAGAGAGAGAUGGCCGUCGGAGCAGUGGCGCCGAGCGGCCGUGGAAGAGAAUUCGAUGGGAGGAUCACGUUUGCAGUUUGUAUGACAUGUGUCGUAGCUGCUACCGGCGGCCUCAUCUUCGGAUAUGACAUUGGCAUCUCCGGCGGAGUGACGACGAUGGAGCCUUUCCUUCAGAGCUUCUUCCCUUUUGUCUUGAAGCAAAUGAGCAUGGCGAAGGCUCGGGAUGGAUACUGCAUGUUCAACAGCCAGCUUCUCACAGCUUUCACCUCCUCCAUCUUCAUCGCCGGCUUGGCAGCAUCCUUCGGUGCCGGAAAGGUAACGCGGGCCUUCGGCCGCCGGGCGAGCAUGCUCUUCGGAGGCAUCGCUUUCUUGCUCGGGUCGUUCAUCAGCGCAGGAGCAAUCCAUAUCGCGAUGCUCAUAGUGGGUCGCCUCUUGCUCGGCUUCGGAGUUGGCUUCAUCAACCAGUCAGCACCGGUGUACAUUUCGGAGAUGGCACCGUCCCAGUGGCGCGGCGCAUUCGUCAUGGGCUUCCAGCUCUGCGUAACCAUCGGCGUCAUAGUUGCCAGCGUCGUCAACUACUACGUGGCUCAACUCCGCAUCGCGGGGUGGCGGCUCUCGCUCGGCAUCGGCGCAGUCCCGGCCAUAAUUCUCGUCACCUGCUCGCUGUUCAUCCCCGACACCGCCAGCAGCCUGAUGCAGCGAGGAAGGGUUCAGGACGCUCGCACCGCCUUGCAGCGCGUCCGCGGACCGGACGUUGACAUAGAUGCGGAAAUCCAGGCCUUAGCCGAGGAAGGGAAGAAGUUCCAGGCCGCGGAGAAGCCGUUCCGCAACAUGCUAUCGCGCCGGUAUCGGCCACAACUAGUGAUGUCGAUCGCGAUUCCCUUCUUCCAGCAACUCUCCGGCGUAAACAUCAUCGCUUUCUAUUCUCCGGUUUUAUUGCAGAGCGUCGGCCUGGAGAACGGCUCCGCUUUGCUGGGAGCGGUGGUGCUGGGGUUGGUUAGCCUUGUGGCCGUGUUCAUCUCCAGCUACGCUGUUGACCGCUAUGGUAGGAGAAUUUUGUUCAUCGAAGGUGGACUCCAAAUGAUGUUCUCCUAUGCGGCCAUCGCCUGUGUGCUAGGUCUGUCGACGGCGAGGUCGGGUACGUCGGCGCUGACCAAGAACCAAGCAACGCUGGUUCUGAUUUUCAUGUGCUCAUUCUCGGCAUCAUUCGGGUGGUCGUGGGGCACAUUGUCCUGGGUGAUUCCUAGCGAGAUCUUCCCGUUAGAGAUCCGGCCCGCCGGCCAGAGCAUAUCGGUGGCAAUCAACUUCGGCACCACCUUCAUAUUGGCUCAACUCUUUCUCGCCAUGCUCUGCAAUUUCAAGUACUGGAUCUUCGUCUUCUAUGUCGUCUGGAUUAUGAUCAUGACCAUCUUCAUAGCAGUGUUUUUGCCUGAAACCAAGGGCUUGCCGUUAGAGGAUGUGAACAAGGUGUGGGCUCAGCACUGGUAUUGGAAACGGUUCGUGACGCCGGAACAACUCGGUCCGUCCGAUACAGCAAAGAAAUGAAUCGUCUAGUGGCAAAGCUUAGCGGCUUGCUUAAAGACCAUCCCGCUCUCUCAUCUCCAUUCCUUGUUUGCUUGCGACAAUUUUGCUAGUGAAGGGGAAGAUUAUAGCCAACUGAAGUAAACAGGCCAGUUCACUCUCUUUUGUUAAGAGUUAAACCUUCGUUAGUCCUGUGGUUGUACAGAGCGAGGAAAACUCACAAGGUUUCAGUUUUAAUCGGUGACCUUCUGGCAAUUUGACUCAUGUUAUAUGCCAUGUAAUGAGCUGCCUUGUUAAUGUAUUGAUUUUGUUCUCUUCUUGCUUUU